CAUGUUUCUUUUCCCGGACACUCUGCAGCUGCCCCGCCAGUACGAGUUCCUGCAGGAUCUGGGAGAGGGCGGCUUCGGGAAGGUGGUGAAAUGUUGGAACAAGGACACCAAACAAACCGUGGCUGUAAAGAUCCCCAAAUUCUCAUACUAUGACAGCAAGGAGGUUUCCAUUUUGAAAACGUUGAUGCGCCUAAACCUCGACGAGAACAACAUAGUCACGUUCUUCGGGUGGUUCCACACGAGUUUUGGGCGGGCGCUGGUGUUGGAGAUGCUGGACAUCAGCAUACAGGACUAUAUCCUAAAGACCCACCACGCCCCGAUGCGUCUCAGGGACGUCAGCACCGUCAUCCAGCAGCUGGCCAGAGCGUUGGAUGCGCUGAAGAGCAUCGGCGUGAUCCACGCGGACGUGAAACCGGACAACAUCAUGCUGGUGGAUCACCGGCGACGACCCUUCGCAGUCAAGCUCAUAGACUUCGGCUUGGCCAUGCCGAGGUCUGAAGCCAGGCAAGGCGUGACUCUGCAAACUCUUUGCUUCAGAUCUCCAGAAAUAGUUUUGGGCCUUCCUUUUUCCGAGGCGAUUGAUAUGUGGUCACUGGGUUGCGUGAUGGCAAAGAUGGCGCAUGGCUGUCUCCUGUUCUCAGGAGAAACUGAGUAUGAAGCUCUGCAGUACAUCGCUGAACUCCUGGGUCCGCUGGCGGAGCGUCUUCUUAACAACGGACAAAAAACACAGCGGUAUUUCACCAGGACUGAGUCUAACAGCUGGAGGUUCAAGACACAACAGGAGUACUGGGGAGAAUCCCAUAGCAGGAAGUACAGCAGAGGCGUUUAUCCCUCUCUGGAUGAACUGAAACAGCUGCGUCUGGAGAGGAAGAACAAGUCUGAGGCUGUCGAGCGAGAGCAGUGUAUUGAACUCCUGGAGGCCAUGCUGAAACUGGACGAGAUGGAGAGGAUCACUCCCAGAGAAGUCCUCACUCAUCCAUUCAUCGCCAAGGGUUACCACUGCUCCCAUCUGCAGACUGAGCGGAACAAGACGUCCGCAGUAAAAGUGACCGACAGCGACUCAACAACCUGGAUAUAUGACAUAAGGACCCAGAAGAAGGAGAAGAAGAACGGUAUCUUCAUCUCUUGGAUGAAGAACACCUUUGGCUCAUGCUGCAUCUUUCUGUUUUUAGCGUGACUCUUUUAACGAGUUUUAAAC